GCUUUUCUCACAGCUGUCUCACCCUUGCGUACCGCAGGAAUGGCCCAUCCUAAACUCCAUUUGCAAAUUUGCCUGGGUCUCGACCUGUCAGUAAUUGCGUUAAGAAAUUUGCUGAGUCCACAGAAUAAAUUAUCACUGCCCUGUCAGUGGUUCAGGUUAGCACAGUUGGAGAAUCCUUCUAUAACCCGGUGAAACCAUACUGGUAGCCGGGGUACCGUCCACGAUCUACUAUCGCAUAUCGGGAUCAUCAUGUUUAUCUUUUGAUGUUCUUGAGUACUGAAAUUUUUCGCAUCACGACUAUAUGCGUAGCCGUACCGCUAUUUUUCAGUAUGGCCGGUGGGGUGUACAUCACAAUUUGCUUCCUGAUGUGUGUUCUUCUCAUUCGGCUUCUGCGGUACAUUCACGCGAUCGCAUCGCUCGUCUAGACACCGAAGCUGUACCUUCGUAAAUCGUAUCAAGUCAAGGAUCCAAUCUCAUGAUGGCUGUUCGAAAGUCGCAGGUACGUCUCACACAGCACGUGCGUCGCGUCUAAAGUGAAGAAGAACCUUGGUCGCGGAACUCUGUAGCGCUGCAUGUUCACAAUGUUCGCGGUCCCGCCGGUUGGAUCUCUGACUCUACCUGCUCUGUACGAAUGGCACUAUCACAACUCGCCAGAUCAUCCGCUCUUCGUCUUCAAGGAUGGCUCGGAGCUCAGGACAAUAUGUUGGAAGGAGGGUAUCCAAGGCAUGCAUAGAGCGUCAAAAUGGGUCGUGGACUCUGUGGGCAAUAGAGCCUCAAAGCAACGUCCGGUUAUUGGCGUCCUCACUUCGUCAGAUACGCUCACUUAUUUCUGUUUCAUUGUCGGUGUGAUGCGCCUGGGAUGGGCCGUGUUUCCUAUGUCCCCGAGGAACAGCCCGCCCGUCAUUGCAUCUCUCCUCAGACAAGUCAAUGCAACUCAUGUAUUCAUGUCGAAAGAUGAGGUUAUCCAAAACGUCGUAGAUGCAUCCUUGGGUCAGUUGCCUAAGGACCAUCAGGUGGAGACGCGCGAGAUGCCUUCAUUCCACGACCUCUUUCCUCAGCGAGGCCCGGAUACCCAGUUCGUCUUCAAUGCCAUGCAGGAACUGGAUAUGCAGCUGCCUGCGCUUAUCUUGCAUUCGUCCGGGACAACUUCGUUACCGAAGGCAGUCAUAUGGUCUCAGUGGGCUCUCGCUAAGGGUGCAUCCGUUCCAAUGCAGGGUGACCUCUCCUUGACUGGGAUGGUUGUCGCGAUUCAUGUUAUCCCUAUGUUCCACGCCAUGGGUGCGAUUCAGCUUAUGGGGGCACCAUCUCGCGGUGUUGUCAUGUCGAUGUUCACGCCGCAAUGUCCCGCCAUAGUUCCAGAUCCUGGAAACGUCCUUAGUACGGCAUUGGAAACCAAAAGUGACUUUAUCUUAUGCGUACCUACUUUCCUUGAGAUUUGGGCGCGGGAUCCCCGAAUUGUUGAUGAAUUGGUCAAAUUAAAAGGGUUGAUCUGGGGUGGUGCAACUCUUGCUAAAUCCGCGGGUGAUCUUCUGAUAUCCAAGGGCGUUAAACUCCACAUCGUUUAUGGUUCGACCGAAGCGGGCCUGCUGAGCAGGUACUUGUCAAACCUUCCGGGAAAGGAGUGGGAGUACUUUUGCUUCACACCGAACCGCGAUGUACGAUUUUUCCCGGACAGUGAAGGAAUUUGUGAAGCGAUCGCGGUCUCUAACUCUGAAUACAUGCCAUGUAUUGUGAAUACCACAUUUGAGGGAAGGGAUGCUUACAUCCUAAGUGACCUCUUUGUCCGACAUCCCACGAAGGACUAUCUUUGGAAGGUUCUUGGCCGGACCGACGACCAGAUUGUGCUUUCAACUGGAGAGAAAGCAAACCCUAUCCCUCUCGAAGCUGUACUUGCCACGGACCCACAUAUCCAAGCCUCUAUUUUCGUCGGUCAGGGCCGCUUCCAUCUCGGCGUGAUCGUCGAGCCCAAGCCAGCCUACCAAUUCGAUCCGUCCAAUACGGACAAGCUCGCCGAGUUCCGGACACUCAUUUGGCCCUCCAUUGAGCGAGCAAACGAGAUUGCUCCAUCUUACGCUCGGAUAUACAAGGAGAUGGUUCUUGUCACUUCUCCCGGCAAACCAUUCACCUAUACAGUAAAGGGAAUUGUUCGAAGACAAGAAGCUACUACCAACUAUAAAGAGGAGAUAGAUGCUAUGUACCGGGCGGCGGAGGAAAGUUCCCAGGCUGAAAUCGGUGCUCCCAACGAUUGGGCCUUCAAGUCUGUGCUUGAGUUCGUCCGUCGUGUCGUCAAUGCAACACUCAAGCAGCCGAUCGCUGAUGACAUUGACAUGUUCACGCACGGUUGUGAUAGUCUGAAUGCAACGUGGAUUAGAAACUCGUUGCUAAGAGUUUUACGGAAAGAGCAUUCGCAGAUUGCUAGAGACUUACCGACGAACUUCGUUUAUACCCACCCAUCUAUCACUUCGCUUGCCAAGUUUGUGACCGAGAUUGUCUCAUCGGGCUUCUCUGGAGAUUCCUCAGCCAGCAACUUGGAGGGUCACGAAGAGCGGCUGCAGCAAAUUGUCGACAAAUAUACGGGUGAUUUGCCGCCUAACUCGGUUGCUGAUACUGACAGUGCUUCACAAGGAAAGGACACUGUAGUCCUUACAGGUAGCACAGGUGCAUUCGGUUGUAUUAUCCUUGCUCGUCUUCUGGCAUCGAACGACAUAGAACAUGUCUAUGCACUGGGACGAAAACCCUCUGCGCAGGGUGGCGAGCCGUCGUCGUUGCUGCGAAGACACGUCCGAGCAUUUCAAGCUGCGGGUCUGGACACCAACCUCUUGAAGUCUGAAAAACUUUCUUUCCUCGAAUCGAACCUGACCGCUUCCGACUUUGAGAUCGAUGCCAGCCUCUUGCAGACUAUUCGUUCGUCAGUCACACAUAUCAUUCAUGGCGCUUGGACGGUAGACUUUAACUUAUCUUUGGAGUCUUUCGAGCCGCACUUCAUUGGGCUAAGGAAUCUCGUUAACUUGGCUCUGUCUUGUUCCGGACAGUCUCGACGUGUUCCCAGGCUGGUUUUCAUCAGUUCUGUUGGGUCUGUACGCUCCGCUCCAUCCCCUGUACGCGAGCAUUUCUUUGCGUCACCGUCAUUUGCGCUCGGAUCAGGAUACACCGAAUCAAAGUGGACUGCUGAACGGAUCCUUGAAAUCGUAUCUGAACGCACUCGCCUUCAGUCAAUCGUUGUGCGCUUCGGACAGCUUACUGGUGGACCAAGCGGCGCAUGGAAGGAGGAUGAGUGGUUCCCUGGCCUUGUUAAGUCGAGCAUCGCGCUUGGCUGUCUGCCAGAUUCAAAUGGAUCAGUAUCUUGGAUCACGUCCUCAGACGCUGCAGCCACACUACUUGAACUCAGAAAGGCAGACACCAGCCGGGUAUUCCACGUCGCCCAUCCACAUCCUAUUAAAUGGUCCAAACUCGUCUCGGACCUCUCACGUAUUCUCAAAGUCCCGGUUGUUCCUUAUACGACAUGGUUAGGCAAGCUGGAAGAGGCUCACCAGCGACUUUUUUCUGGGACUGGAGGACCUGAGAUGGUCAGGGACCUGUUACGAGAGAAUCCAGCUUUACGUAUCAUCGACGUAUUCCGAGGCUAUGCUUCACAGGUAGACGACCCGACACGAGAACCCCUUGGCACGCCUUUAUUGUCAUGCGAUGCCGCCAUGUCAGUUGCAUCCGCAUUGCAAAGUACGGCGAAUAGUCAGCUCGGGCAAACCGAUGUAGAGAAAUGGUUGAGCUAUUGGUCCUCAACUGGAUUCUUGAGAAGUAGAAACGCUUAGACCGCGCAUGAGUGUAAAUAGUCUUGUAAGUAAAGCUCAGAGCCGUGUUUUUGUUCUGUAAAGUAAAAUGUGCCCAAGUCGCGGAUGCAACGAUAAACG